GUGAGGAGGGCUACGAAGGGAACAUGCUAACCCUCGUGGACUACUACAACAACCAAUACGUGGGGAUAAUCGGCAUUGGCUCCCCCCCACAGUACCUCUCCGUGGUCCUCGACACGGGCUCCAGCGACCUGUGGAUACCAGGCAUGGGCUGCACGGCGUGCGGGAAUCACGCCACCUUCGACGGCUCCAAGUCAAGCACCUUCGGCCUCCUCACAGAGGACGGCGGGAACUCAGCGGAGGCCGGAGUGGAGCCGAAGAUGUUCGAGGUCGACUACGGUAGCGGUAGCGUCUUGGGCAUGGAGGGGGUCGACGACGUUAAUCUCGCUGGUCUAGACCUGUCGCAAGUGCUGUUCGGUCUCGUGCUCUACGAGGACCAACAGAUCCGAACGUUCAUGAUGGACGGGAUCGCGGGGCUUGGGUUUGGCGGUCUGAGCAUGGUGACGACGCCCACGCUGCUGGAGCUCCUUCACAGAGAUCAUCCGGAGGUGCCGAACGUGUUCAGCGUCUAUCUGUCGUGCGACCCCUCGGACACGGAAAAGCCGAGCCACAUGCUGUUCGGCAGCUAUGACCUGAGCAUCGUUUCGGAGGGCGCCGCUUGGCACUACACCCCCGUCAUCCGACAUUCUCGAGGCCAACUCAGAUAUUGGACGGUGAAAAUGACGGCCAUGGCUAUGGUGACCAGCUCACCCCUCGCGGACACGGCGGAAGAAGAGGCGACGGCUGAACAGCCGGCGGAAGGUUACGAAAUUCCUCACUUGGGUGGUUCGGCAGAAAUAAAUCUGUGCUCCUCCGGUUGCUACGCCAUCGUCGAUACAGGGACCUCGGGGAUUGCCGUGCCCGAGGACUACUUCUACACGCUCGCGGAACAGAUCACGGAGGCCAGCGGCGCAUCUUGCAAGGGAACCACCUGCUAUGGUACCAAGGGCUCCGACUUCCCUGAUCUGAUGUUCGAGCUGUACCCCUCCAACAGGUUCAUUUUGCGGGGAGAGGACUACACCGUGUGCAACCGCAGGGGCCUUUGCGUGGUGAAGCUGCAGCCGAGCUUCGGCGGCGAUUUUUGGAUCCUCGGGGAUGUUUUCAUCGAGGCGUACUAUACCCUCUUCGACGCGGAGAACCUGAGGGUGGGAUUCGCCUGCACGGGGAACGGGUGUUCUGGCGGCACGUGGCACGGGCAGGGUGGCUUCAUGGAGAUUGAGGACCAAGCGUCUUGGCGAAGUUACGCGUCGACGUUGUCGAUAGUAGUUUGCCUGCUGUCCGCGGGCUACAUCAUCUUCACCUACGCCUCGCCCGCGUACAAGCGCAGGAGGUCCCGAAGGGAGUACGACAUUAUCGCCGGCGGCGCGGCGGCCACGGGUACGGCUACCACACCGGUACCCGGCGGAGCCGCCCCCGCCGGAGGAGGGAGGGGCUCGCCGGGCGGCGACGGGGCAGGGCCUGAAGGGAGUUUACAGGGCGUGGAUGACGUGUUGGGGAAAGGGUGGAAAGCGUACGGGUCGACUGACGAGGCGUCGGCUGGGGCUGGGUGCUUACCACCUUCGAGUAGAUGAUUGACGGAGAUUUGGUAGAUCGGUAGAGAAGUUGUUGCUCUUGUCAUGGGGCUUGGCUGUCGUCCUUGCAGGUUUUGUAAAGAGGGCAGCAAGCGUUUGUUGGUGUAUCAUCUUAAUAGUCGUUGGCGUCAGCCGUCAUCCAGCAGAAGAAGAGGUUUAUUUGUUCUCUUUUGCGGUUGUCCCGUGGGAGAGCAAUGGUGAUAGGGUUAAAUGCACGACCGAACGGGCGUUUUUGUGACUCUCCUGCUCGUGUGUUGAUCGUUUUCCGUUGCCUGUAUGUAUUGUCGGAGGUUUAUCGCACGUAGACCCGUUGUCCAUGCACCGACUGAACUGACGUGUGCGGCGGUGAGGCAGUGCACCGUAUUGGGUGUAUCCUCCGUCAAUCACUCUGUCUCAACCUGUCCUGUCGUUGUGGGUGUCAUCGGGCCGUUUUCCGGACACUGUUGACCCAUCAGAAGAGCACCGCAUAUCUUUCAGUAGGAGAACGGGGUAUGACAAAUACCUAUGCGAGUGUGUGGUUCGUUGUGUCGCGGGACCUACUCAGGGUAACUGUUGCAAAAUGUAAUUCUAUUAACUAGAUCGCCCGUGCGUCGUUUGUCUGGAUACAAUCGUACAUGCGCUCUUGCCUCGAGGACAGUUACACUCAUUCAGCGAGUUGUCGUGGGUACACCUUUUUCCUUUGGGUAACAGACAAAUCGCGCCGUGGAGAACUCUUCUGCGUCUGGAACGGUGUACCCCCCUCUAGGGGCAGUUGGCUUGUAACCACGGAGGGCGUCCGCGCAGUUGGACCAGUACGGACAUUGGAAGGUACGGAGUGGAGAUCCGAACGGUUUCCAAUGUGAAAACAACAGCAACAUACACCAAAAAUGCUGUGUUUACCAUGCUCUGGACCGCCUACGCAGGAUUUUAAGGGUAUCAAUUUUGCUGCGUAGGCCACCGGGGAAAUUCCGCCCCAGCUGAUGAUGUUUCAUGCCAAUUCCACCGUACAGCAGUAGGGCACGGAGCACCGCCAAGAAACAACAGUGGUAGCUGCAGGGAGAGCAGUGAACACAGGGAGGAUGGUAGAACCAGCAACAAGGAGAGAAAGACGAGCGCAAGCAGAUGAACACAUCUCUCUUGACCUGCAACGAACGCUCUUUUUCAUCCGGAAAAGUAUUCGCGUAGCCUCACCCCGCUUUCAGAUCAUGCGGCCGCUUGGUGAAAUGACAGCCCAAAACACAAGGAUGGACAUUCUGGACACAACCCCUUCCAAUUUAUUGGAAAAGUCCAGGUUCCUUGGUCGUCGCUUCCAAGUUUUCAGAACAGAACAAUCCUUUUUGUCGAUGGUUACAAAUUUUGUAGACAGCACAGCAGUACUCUUCUUCUUCCCCUCGCUCCUCGACAAGCUUUUGCUUAGACAUGGGUUGUAGCGAAGGGGGGGGUCUCUCUGGCGAGCAGGGCUAGACUCACCCUCAAGGGAUGACCGAAACCUUCUUGCUGCUGCGCAUCCGCCGCGAGGCGUGCGUGUGGUGGUGGAGUUGGGUCGGCACUGAUGGGGUCAGGCGGGAAAAUGUAGAUGCGCGGGCCUUUCUGGCCGUCGGCGUUGGCAGUGAUGCCCAUCUCAUUUUUGUGCGCGGAGGCAGACACCAUCAGAAAGGUGGACGGGCACUACACGGCCCUAGGUUUGCUAGAGGGAGCUGUAUUGCCUCAGUAACCUGGCUUCGCCAUCAAAGGAGGAGGGAGCAGGUGGCGACGAGCUGAACUAGGCUGGUAUUGACCAUUCGGCGCGAGAAUUUAUUUUGUUCAGACCAAGAACCUUGAGUGCAAUGAGGGAGAAAGCGAGGAACGGACUGGGAAGGACAGCAACGAGAGCGUGUACGGACGGAGCAGGUCGAGUGGCGUUUUGCUCGGGCUGACUACAGCGGCGCCGGAUGGAGCAGUGGCACCGGAGCAUGCGGGCGACAUCGGACCGUGGCGCACGGACAAACAUUUCUAUCUGUGUUGUCAAUUUUUUUCGUUUUUUUUCUGACUUUCCGUGUUGGUUUUGUGUGAUGACAUCGUCACCGGUUUUGUAGAGAGACCCGUCAGAGAUGACGUGGCUAACCCGGGUGCAUUGGUUUUGUGCCUGAUCGUGGAAGACCCCUUCAAUGUGGAACGAUUCUUAGCUAGUGUCGAUAUUUUUCACUGCAGUGCCUAACACAGACGAUCGGGAGAGAUUCGGGUGAUUGUCAAUUGCUGCUAUGAUGGCUUUGGUUGGUUGUUCUUUUUCACUGUACGGCCGCAGACACAUUCUGACAGCACUUCAAGCAUCAGCUUUGUGCCCCGCCAGCUUCUUGUUCCAUGCCUACCAUGGUGUUUUUGUACAGACAGCACUUCAGACAGCAGUAUGCUGUAGUCGGCAAUCUUCCGUUUUGGUAUAGAGUGGGACAGGGAGGGGGUGAUGCUACUGUAGUCGAACGGUGGGACGGACGUGCAGUUCAGUUGUUGGGCACGCAUACGGUGCUGCAGGGAUUUUUAGGUGUACCUCCUCGGGCUCUUGGAUACCUUUUUCUCGUUAUAUGUGUGCGUGUUCUUUAGAUCCU